CGGGCACCACACCACGCCAAAGAGACAUUACCUCUAACUUUGAAGGAAGGUGUUUAUAUGAAGUAAAGACCUCUAUGAAUGAAGUGAAUGUAUUUAUUGGUUUAACAAAGCAUCACAAAAGGAGAGUGACAGAGAAGAGAAGGCCCACGAGAAUAUCUGUUCCCUGCCGGAGACGGUCCGUGGCGGAGUGGAGGUUGGCUGGUGGCGGUGAGUGGCAGCUCGCCCGUGGCCCUUCACUGCGGUGUUUACAUUAGGAUGUGAUCAGUGGGCGGCGGGCCUUCCUCAUCAAAAUGGCUAGUUUUUCAGUAUUAUCACAAGCCAUUUGCCUCAUCUUCCUUGUCAGUUGUGAAUUUUGGUCUCAAGGAGCUGGGAAUCAAGAUGAAAUCAAGGAUCCAACCGUUUCUGUGGUGCUUUUGGCGCGAAAUAAAGAACAUGUCCUCCCCUACUUCCUGACACUAUUCGAGCGCCUCAACUAUCCCAAGAAGAGAAUGGCACUCUAUAUUAGGUCAGACCACAACGCAGACCUGACCAUCCCCAUACUGGAAGAAUGGCUGGCACACAACAAACAGAACUACCAUUAUAUCGACACCAAACUGGAUAAGCAUUCUCCAAAAUCUUACCCAGGAGAUGAGGAAGGAACCGAGUGGAAUAAUGAAAGAUUCACCAAAGUCAUGGAGCUCAAGGAGGAGCUGCUGGACAAAGCCAGGCACUCAUGGGCGGACUAUGUAUGGUUUUUAGAUAUGGACGUGUUCUUGACCAACAGAGAUAUUCUUCUGAAGAUGCUGAGUGAGGAGAAGGCUAUAGUGGCGCCAAUGUUGAAUUCUCUGGGCACCUACAGCAACUACUGGGGAGGGAUGACCGAGGACUACUGGUAUACUCGCUCGGAUGACUACAUACCAAUACUGGACCGCAAACAGAAGGGAUGUUUUGACGUUCCUAUGGUGCACUCUUGUGUGUUAGUGGACCUAACACGUGUGGCCUCGGAUAACCUCACAUUUAUUCCAAAAAAUCUCCCGGGUUACAAAGGGCCCCAUGAUGAUAUAAUUGCUUUUGCUAUCUCAGCCAAAAAUACCAGGCUUCCCAUGCAUGUGUGUAACUCAGAAAUUUAUGGCUUUAUACCGCCUCCCCUUGAGGAUGGCCAGGGUCUGCAUAUUGACAUGAAGCAGCUCCUGAGUAUAAAGCUUGAAGUGUUAGUACAACAUCCUCCACUACCCAUAUCUAAACUGCUUGCCAAAUAUAUUCCUCCACUACCCAAGAUUGACAAUGUUGGCUUUGACCAAAUCUACCUGAUCAAUCUAGCAAGGAGGAUCGAAAGACGGGAUCGAAUGUUCCAGUCAUUUAGAGAGCUGGGGCUGAAGGUGAAAUUGUUUGAGGCGGUGGAUGGCAAGCAGCUGAAUGACAGUUACCUGAGGGAGCUGGGAGUGAAGCAGAUGGUGGGAUACAAGGAUCCUUGGUCCAAGAGAGACAUGACCUUUGGGGAAAUUGGAUGUUUCUUGAGCCAUUACUUCAUUUGGGUGGAUAUAGUCAACAAUGGCUAUAACAAGGUGUUGCUGUUUGAAGACGACAUUCGCUUUGAGCCAUACUUCAAGGAGAAGCUGAAGGUGAUGAGGGAGGAGGCUGACUCACUGCUGGACUGGGAUUUAAUCUACCUUGGCCGGAAGAAAAUGAAGAGUGCGGAUGAACCUUGGGUGGAGGACUCAGAGACUUUGGUGCAUGUGGAUUACUCGUACUGGACACUGUGCUACGCCAUCACUCUGCAAGGGGCACAGAAACUCCUGGCCGCCCACCCGCUCAGCCAAUUGGUGCCAGUCGAUGAGUACAUUCCCAUCAUGUUCAACAAGCAUCCGGAGACGGAAUGGAUGGAGAAAUUUCCUAUGCGGAACCUGAAUGCAUACUCCGUGGCCCCACUGUAUGUGUUCCCGACCCACUACACAGGCGAGGAUGGAUACAUCAGUGACACGGAGGAGUCACCCAUCAUAGUAGAGGAUGCAGUGGCCCCAUCUGCAAUGUCCCCAAGUCUUGGUGGGAAAGGUCUGGAGUUAGAGAUUGGGUUUAAUGGACUUGCUAAAGAUGAGCUGUAGACAAUAGAAUGAAUGCUCUGUACAUAGAAAUGAUGACCUGUGACGACCACUGAAAGUAUCCAGCUCUGUUAAGUUACAGCAUAACACAGCUUAUGUUUAAGGGCCUUUUAUGAUGCUUUUUUGGUACUUCGUAUUGAUCAGCAGUGUUUUGCUUAUUUUCAUGGUGAAAUAUAAUGUGCUUAAAGCAUUUUGGUUAUUUAGGGAACACAGAGAAGAUGGAAAGGGGUCUCCAGCUCAGCCACCUGCUUCACAAGGUUACCAAAUUCUAAUUUCAUGCUCGUCUUCAGGAAUGAGGCAUGAUGGGAACAGUAUAAAAAUUUAUGAAUCCUCGGGAGCUUAUUGUCUUGAUCACUAUUGAAGGAACCUGACUGGUGCUUAAGAAUAAGACCUUUGUGUUAUGAAUAGAUAAAAACUUAGGUUGUCAUCAUGCCCAGCAAAUUAACCCAUCCUUGUCUGGUUGUAUGAACUAUAAUGGAUUCUGAGAAAAGGAGUGAAUUAUUUUUUAUUUUAUUUUAUUUAUUUUAUUUUAUUUAUUUAUUUAUUUAUUUAUUUAUUUUAUUUAUUUAUUUUAUUUAUUUAUUUUUUUUUUUUGCCCAUCUGUCACUAUCUGUAGAAGAGCAUGGCAGCAGAUCUGAUUUACUCCUGCUGCACCAGACAAAACUUGUUUCUUUCCCUCCACCCAAAUUGAUCAGACUAGGAUCAGAAUGUCCAGUCAGUUUCCAUUCAUGCAUUCAUAACUAGUUUCCUUUCAUUCUGAUCUCUUGCAGUUGUCUCCCUCUUCUAAUGAUCUCUUCAUACUAUGUAUUCCAUUCAUGGUUCUAUCCUUAGUGUUACAUCUCCCACAUCAGAUCUGAUUAAGUUAUUUACUAAAUGCUCUUCUAUUCUCUCUGCACGUCCAAGCCUGCAUCACAUAUGUAGGCCCCUGCCAAAAAUAUGAAAUUAAUCUUGAUCUGCAGCAUUUGUAAUUUUUUUAUAUCCAUCUAAAGGGAGAUAGCUGAAACAAGAUUCCAUUGCCUCAUUAUAGGAAUUAAAGUACAGAAGAAUGAUUCCCCAAUCUUCACUCCGUCCCAUGAAUUACUUUUUAAACAUGCAGGGAAUACAGAGACUAGUACACUGCCCCCAGUGUUUAACCACUCAGGCUGACCGCACAAUUCAUAAUGUUGACCACUGUUACUUCCAUAUUUGUGUUAUGAUAACAGCAGAUACGUACAGGGAUAAAAUUAGCACUGAAAUUAUUACAGAUUAACUAUGAAUUUCAAGUUUCUCCAUGGCCCUUGAAGAGUUCUCCAUGUUCUAGCCCACAGGUUGGAAAUCUUUGUCAUUGUUAUUUCAUAUUAUCAAAUUCAUUGGACUUGUUAGAUAAAAGCUAUGGACCCGUGAGCUAACGAGAGCAUGUGUUGUGCCCAGAAACGUGUCUGAUGGAAAAACAAUUGGUCUUUAUAAUACACUGCCUGUCAACACUUGCCAAAUAUUUUUUCAACAUUAUUAAGCUUAGAUUUGCUGUUAAUGUUUUUGUUGAAUAGAUGUGUUCAUGAUGUAAAGAGUGAAUCCAUCAUGGGAAAUGAAAGUGCACCAAAGGGUUAUUUAAUAUGUGGAACACCCCCCAAAGAAUGUUUUAGAAUAGUUGAAACUCAGUGUUGUAGAAUGGACCAGACUCACAGAAUGUUGUUGUAAAGAAAUAUGUUUCACAAUUCUUGAUUUCCUGGCUUGAUAUGAGUUGGGAUCUGCAGACUUCCAUGUGUUACUUGCCUUUGCUGUUUUCUGCAGUGAUCAUUGCUUUGUAUUUUCUUUGAACUGUUUGUUAUUGUUAUAAUUUGGUGCCAUAUGACCUUAGUUGUUGUUGCGCCACACAUGAAAUCUUUUUAAUCACUAAUCACUUAUUGUGUUGUCUUCAAAUGCUUGUUAUGGUUUUUACUUAUGUGUAUAUUUUUAUAUGAAUAUGUUUGUUGUACAAGUUCCACAUGUAAUGUGCCAUUGCAUUUCAAUAGCAUUUAUGUUAAUAUUUGUAUGUGUUUAGCUCAUUUCAAUGUUUUGUUAUUUGGUCUUAUUUUUAAUUGAUGUUAGAUUUAAUUUUGUUCUCUACAUAGUUGUACCAAACUGAAUUUGUAAUUUUGGAGUUUUAUGAUUUAAAAAGAAAAAUCACAACUUGAAACAUGCCUGUGUGAUACACAACACAACUAAGCACAAUUAAAUUUGUGAAAAAGGUGCUAAUGAGAUCUCAUAAAACACUAGAUUCUAGAUAGAAACUUUUUGGAUAUUUUAAUUAUCUUCAUCUGAAAUCCUAGAAUAGAUUCAUGAAGUUAUAUGUUGGAGAAAUAGUAAGGAGCCAACAUUUAUUGAAAGGAGUCCAGUACACUGUAUUUGUUCAUGUAGACGUCAUACUACAUGUGUUCAUGUAGAUGCCAGCAUAACAAAACUGUUACUUGUGUACAUUGUAGGUUGAUUUGCUUUUUUGCCUACCAAAAUUUGCCCUCAAAACUAAUACUUUACACAUAUACGCAGUACGUCUUCAUUGAACAUAGGACAUCCAAUAGUGAAACACCACCACACUUGCAGUUUUAAAGUUGAUUUGAAAGUCUAUAUGAUUAAAAUGAGACAUACAUGGCAAUGUAAAACCUGUUUUCUCUCUUUUUCACAGCCAAGACUGGUGGCUCAUUUUCACUUGUGGACUCCGCUUAUUUAUAGGGAUGUGUUGCACUUAGUAUGAAGAAGUGUCUCGUACUUUUGAGCAAUGAUGACAUGCAUUUGUUUGUAUCCAUCAACUUCAGUAAUAAUUUGUUAUUCAGGAAAGAUUUCAUAGCAAGACUGGCAACAGAUACCUAGCAAGUAAUGUAGUAAGAGAUGAAAGAGGACAGUUGACUGCAUCCUCUCUCCUCAGUUCUUGCAGUGAAGUCUUUAUUUGAAACUAGGUAUUUCUAGGUAAUCUCUCUCUCUCUCUCUCUCUCUCUCUCUCUCUCUCUCUCUCUCUCUCUCUCUCUCUCUCUCUCUCUCUCUCUCUCUCUCUCUCUCUCUCUCUCUCUCUCUCUCUCUCUCUCUCUCUCUCUCUCUCUCUCUCUCUCUCUCUCUCUCUCUCUCUCACAUAGUUCAUGACUAUAAUGCCAAAUAUAUCACUACAGCAUUAUUUAUUUAUUCAUUCUCUUUAUGUGUGCAGCAAAUUUUGUGUUCGUACAUUUUCUAAUACUUAAAUUCAAAACAAUUGAUUCUCACUGUUUUACACACAUGUAAUGAAUAAUUAUGAGUAACUAGUAAUGAAUGUUUAUUCACAUCCUUUUAAAUGUCAGAUUUGUAGAAACAACAUGGUAAUGAGUGCAAAUACAUUUAUAAACUUAAGUAAUGAACAUAUUUGCAUGCUAGAUGUUUCUUGUGUGUACUUAAGUCACGUGUUCUUUUUCCGGUUUAGAAAUGAAAAGUCCCUUAAAUUUCUAAUGCAGUGCUGAGAAAGUAAUUGGUUUGGUGGUCGGGAGUGAUUUAACCAAAAUGAGGUGGAGGUGUGUGAUGGCUCAGUGUUCCAGAAGACAUCCCUAUUUUUAUCAAGUAGGUCAUGUGAUAAUGUUGGUGCUAUUACAUUCUGUGUUAAUAGGUUAAGUAUCUCUUUAAGUUACCACAGCAUUUAAAAAUAAGAAAAAAAAUGAAGCAAUACUCAUAUAUUGUAAUUCUUUUUUUUAAACAAACAUGCUAGUUGAUACUGUGUAGUGUACAUAUUUAGCUGUUAAGUUUUGUAGUCAUGAUGCUGCCAUACUGCUAGUACAGUGAUGUCAAUUUUUAAUGUACCCCCAUCCAUGAGUGCAUUUAAAGAUAAGUACAAGUAGAUAUAAAUCUGUGCAAUUCAA